GGCGUCUAUGAGCAAAGCUCAGUCAUAUGACAGUGGGGCUCGGCGGGGGUGCGUGUGCUGCCAUUCCCACAGCAAAAAUGCCACCGACUUUAUUCCAGAAGCUCUUCAACAAACGCAGCGGCUUGGCUUCCCCGACCAAAGGCGCGAACGAAGACCCAUCCUUCAGCUGGCCUGCUCCCGAGUUCAAUCCCAGCCAGAUCAGGCUGAUCGUCUACCAGGAUUGUGAGCGGCGAGGCAGAAAUGUACUGUUCGAUUCCAAGAAAACGGAAGAAACUUCAUCUUCAAAAGUUUGCAGUGAGAUCCAAACAAAGAUUCUGGAGAAAUAUUGCCACUCGAAAUGCAAUAGUUGCAUUGGCUCAUCGGACAGCUUCUCAUCCUCCUCUUCAUCCACAUCCAACUCGAAAGAUCAGUCCUCAAAAUGCCAGAGCUCGCGACAAUCCUCAGAUGCCAACAUGCUUGGUGAGAUGAUGUUUGGUUCUGUGGCUAUGAGCUACAAAGGUUCAACUUUAAAGAUUCAUCAGAUCCGGUCUCCGCCUCAACUAAUGCUCAGCAAGAUUUUCACAGCUCGUACUGGUGGCAGUGUGACUGGAAGCUUGAAUACAUUACAAGACAGCCUUGAAUUUAUAAAUCAAGACACCACCACGACAAAACCUUGCACCGAUCAAAAUGUCCUGAUAAACAGUCUUGUUGGUUUCUCGCAGCUUUGCAGCCCCAGGAGGGCACUGGGUGUGUCUGAAGCAGCACCGCUCCGUCUCAUCCGGAGUGCUUCUUUCUUUGCAGUUCACAGCACCCCCAUGGACAUGCCCAGUAGAGGAGUCAACGAAGACCGUGACAGUGGCAUUACACGAUCUGCUUCCCUGAGCAGCCUGCUGAUCACGCCCUUUCCUUCACCAAGUUCCUCGCUGCCGAGUAGCUGCGCGAGCAGUUACCACCGUCGUUGGCGGCGUAGUAAGAACACCAGCCUUGAAAACGGAGUAUUCCCCAGGUGGUCCGUGGAGGAGAGUUUUAACAUGUCAGACGAAAGCUGCAGUUCCAAUCCUUCCAUUGUUCGGAAAAAGAAGAUUGCCAUUGGCAUCAUAUUUUCACUGUCUCCGGUUGAGGAGGAGAACCACAAGUUUCAUGAAUUCUUCUUUGCUCAUUUUCCUCUCUUUGAGAGUCACGUGAACCGGCUGAAGUUUGCUAUUGAGCAGGCGAUGAAAAUGCGAAAUAGAAUUUCUGAGACAAACCAGCGUGUCGGUUGCAACAAGAUAGUGGAUGCUUUAAAUGAAUUCAGGACAGCAAUACUUAAUCUUUACACAAUGCCCAGGAUCUCAGAGCCUGUGUGGUUGUCGAUGAUGUCGGGGGCACCAGAAAAGAACCUCCUUUGUCAGCAGCUCAUGAGAGAAUUUGCAUUAUUGAUGGAGCAAGCUUCAAAGAAUCAAUUUCUACCGGCCCUGAUCACCGCUGUGCUCACCAAUCAUCUCGCCUGGGUCCCCACGGUUAUGCCAAAUGGUCAACCACCUAUUAAGAUUUUCCUGGAAAAACAUUCCUCUCGAAGUGUUGAUAUGCUUUCAAAAUCCAACCCCUAUAAUCCUCUCUGGGCCCAAUUAGUUGAUCUGCACGGGGCGAUCGGUUCGCCCGUAAGGCUAGCGCGGACCGUGGUGAUCGGCAAGCGGCAAGAAUUGGUUCAGCGGCUGCUUCACUUCCUCACCUACUUCAUCCGGUGCUCGGAGCUGCAGGAAACCCAGCUGGUGGUGGAGGGCGAAGGCGAUGGCGACGUGAGCGAGUCGGUAAUGACCACGUCGCUGGAGAAAGGGGAGGUGGAAGAGUCCGACUACGUGGUGGUCACACUGCACCGGAACAAAAGUUCCCUUUUCCCGACCAUUUUGCAGAACCGGGACGCCCUGUCGCAGAACAAUACUCUGGGAACUCAUCAGUGCAAGAAGUGCCCCCUUCACCCCGGAAAAGAGAGGCUUGAUGGUACUGGGCAGGAAGAGGCGGGAGGUUCAAGUGAUUCAUCGGUAAGCUCCCACAGAAACUUGUGGGAAACCAGUGGUGGUCCGAGUAGCUGCGUUGAAACUCUGCCAGCCCUCUGCAGAGCCGACGCUGUUCAGCAACACAAGGAAAGCGCGCACUCGCUGCAGGAAACCAAGACUGAAAUGUUGCUGUGCGUCCGAUCCGCUGCUGUAGACCAAAGCCUCGUGGUAGAACCUGCCGUUGAGAAACAGCCUCCUGAUAAGCCUUCGCCUCCUUCCAUUCCCUGCAGUGAAAACCUUCUCCAGAGUUGUCCCAGUUCCAUCCAAAAAGUAACUUUUCAGAUUGGCGAAUCUCUCUCGCCCGACUCUGACACGGAAGCCAAGAGAAACGAGACCCACCAGGCACUGCAGAAAGGCCUUGAGGAACUUAAACAAAGAGUCCAGGAAGAGUCGGUGAAGAGAACUCUGGGCCAAAGCAAAACCAAGGACACGUUGUCCAACACACACAGUUAUGAAUGGGAUCCUUCGCACGAAGGAAGCAUGAGUCUAUUUGACGAAUAUUUCAACGAAGAUAAUUUAAUAGAAGCAAAGACCAUUGAUGAUCUCCCCAAGGAAGAACUGCAGGAAGUUGAGCAGCAAAAUAUUGCAGUACAGGGACUUGGUAUUCAGGACACGGAGCAGCAAUGUGGCACGAAUGGGAGAACUUGUAUUUGCACUUGUAAAAUGUAUGUGAUGGACUUGGAGUCCCAUCCACUGAGUUCUGCUGAGCAGAACACGAGAGGCAAGACCUCUUUACAUAACUACUGUGCAAGGGAUCGUCCACAGAAACAGGGCCCGCCCGUGGUCGAGUGGGACAUUCCCAGGAAUGAAAGCUCGGACAGUGCCUUGGGGGACAGUGAGAAUGAGGACGCGGGCAAUGAAUUACCCAAGCACAGUAACUACAGCACAGAGCAGGAUGACUGGUUGGAGCAGAUAGAGAUACCGUUUCCUGAAUCAAAUCCAAUUGAAAUAAAUAGCAACAAACCCAGCAUGGCAAACUUUGGGAGGUCUCUCUUUGGUGGAUAUUGUCCUCAUUACGUGUCAGACUUUGUUCUGCACGGUACGGGCAGCGAUGAGAAAUUGAAGCAGUGCUUGCCAGCGGACCUAACGCAUGCAGUUCAGCAUCCCGUGUUGGAUGAACCCAUAGCAGAAGCCAUUUGCAUUAUCGCAGACUUGGACAAGUGGACAGUGCAGAUUGCAAGUAGCCAGAGACGGGUUACAGACAGCAACAAGCUCGGGAAAGAAGUACUUGUAUCCAGUUUAGUAUCAAACUUGCUUCAUUCCACCCUGCAACUCUACAAACUCAAUCUGUCUCCAAACUUUUGUAUAAUGCACCUUGAAGACAGGUUACAGGAACUAUAUUUCAAAAGCAAGAUGUUGUCGGAAUACCUUAAGGGCCAAACGAGAGUACAUGUGAAGGAAUUAGGCAUGGUGUUGGGGAUUGAAUCAAGUGACUUGCCCUUGUUGGCAGCUGUGGCAAGCACCCACUCUCCAUAUGUGGCACAAAUAUUGCUUUGAGUUUUUCAAUUGCCAAUUUUGUUCUAAACAAUUGGAAAAAUAAAUGACUGGCACAGAAUGGAAGACAGCACCAAAUUAUUUACAUUUUCCAUGCUUGGAAUCCCAUAUCACUGUCUUUAAUGGCAAAUCCCUCUGCAUGAAAAUGUCAUGGAAGAAAAUCACGCUGAUGGAAGGACAAGGACUCUGCUACAGAGCAAAAUGGUUGCUUUCUCAACACUGUUAGAACUGCCUACAGUUUCGGAUGGGGGAGACCAAAAAGGGAUGGCAAAAUAUUCUUUGAGUUGAAACAGUACUUGAACAACCAAGAGCAAGAAUUUUCAGCUUUUUCUUCUGAUUUAAUCGAGAACUAUGAUGUUGCAUGUAUGGAAAUCUUUUGACUUCAGAGAAGUCGGACUAACUCCUGUUUUUACUGAACCUGCACAUGUAUUUGCGCAUUUUUAUUUUUUGUACUCCAUGGACAGAGUAUUUGGAAAGAAAUGUUUUGUAUGUUUACUUUUACAAAAACCCACUUAAGAAUAAACUUCCAAAAAAAAAGUCUGUUUUAAUGUUUUAAGUAUAUAUUGAUGUAACUGACAACAAUUGAACAAUGCUAACCAUUGCCUUUAACUAGAGGAAUUGUGAUCUGUAAUUGCAAUUGCUUCACUUAAAAAAAAUAUAUAAACAUUGAUGCAUUGAAUAAGUUGGGUAAAAUCACACUGGAACGAUCAGACGCAGGUUUAUAAUUUCUAUCAGUAACAGUCCUUCAGACAGGUGAUUUGACCACAACCAAUCAUUUAAACAAAAAAGAUUGUUAAUAGGGAGGGGAAUUAAAUGCUGUACUACCUCGGUUAAUUCUGCUCCAAUGGAUUUAUCAGACUCAAUUCCCCGCUUUCUAGUUUAGCUGGAUUUUAUCUGUAAUGCGUCUACUAAUAUUAUUCAUGAUGUUCGGUUAAUGGUGCUAAUUGAUGCAGCACAGUAGCAUGCCCAGGCACUGGCCCCGACUGCUCGUGGAUAGAGCUCAUCAGAGAAGAAACUAGGAGUGGAAGAAAAAGAAGUGCAAAUGUAGAAACAAAGAACUGCAGAUGCUGGUUUAUGCCAAAGAUAGACACAAAGCGCUGGAGUAACUCAGCGGAUCAGGCAGCAUCUCUGCAGAACAAUUAUUGGUGAGUGAAAGGAUCUACUGUUUGCAUCCUUCAUUAUUACCUCUUGCCCAGCCAACAAUGGGCCAUUGUGGGCUCCACCCUCAUCUGUUGCGGCACUGCCUUGUUCUGGCCUUUUCUUACCUCCAGUUCCCUCCCC